ACUUUCAUUGGAAUGAGGAAGUUUUUGGAGGAUCCAUAUGACGAAUUGGAUAAUCCGACGGGGAUUUUUCAGCUUUGUGUUGCUGAGAACAAGGUGGGUGCGUGGCUUUAUAUGUAAGUAAGAUUUUUCUUUUCUUUUUCUUUCUUUCUCGGUUUCUGAGUUGAUGAAUUUCGAUGUUUAAAACGAUAAAGUUGUCCUCGGACUUGGUGCAAAUUUGGCUGACGGAAAAUGGAAGGGAUGCUAUAUUAGGAGGACGGAAUCAUAAUGAGCUGAGUGUGGCUGGAAUUGCUAGCUACCAGCCUUCGGAUGGAUUGGCGGAUUUGAAACUGGCAGUGGCAGGUUUCAUGUCUCAAGCUUUGGGGAACUCUGUUUCCUUCAGCCCUUCACAAUUAGUAAUUACAACAGGAGUGACCUCUGCAAUCGAAAUUCUUAGCUUCUGCAUAGCAGACCUGGGACAGGCGUUUCUCGUCCCUACUCCAUAUUACCCUGGUCUUGAUAAUGAUGUAAAAUGGCGAACUGGGGUGGAGAUUGUACCCGUUCCCUGUCGCAGUGUCGAUAACUUCACCUUAAGCCUAGCUUCUCUUGAUCGAGCAUUCAACCAGGCCAAGAAACGGGGCCUUAAAGUUCGUGGAAUCAUUAUCUCGAAUCCCUCAAUCCCUGUUGGAAACCAACUACAUCGAGAAACACUCUACAACCUUCUUCACUUUGCCAGGGAGAAAAACAUCCAUAUAAUAUCAAACGAAAUAUUUGUAGGGUCAACGUAUGGAAGUGAAGAGUUCAUAAGCAUGGCUGAAUUGAUCAAUUCAGAAGACAGCGACCGAGACAGAGUACAUAUCGUAUAUGGUUUAUCUGAAGACCUGUCACUUCCUGGUUUUAGAGUUGCUGUAAUCUACUCUUUGAAUGAGAAUAUCCUGGCUGCUGCUAGAAAAUUGGCAAGGUUCUCAUCUGUUUCUGCCAUUACUCAGAACCUCCUUUCUUCUAUGCUUUCAGAUACGGUAUUCAUCCAGAAAUUCGUGAGGAUCAAUAGAGAGAGGCUCGGAGAAAUGCACGGUAAAUUUGUUGCAGGGUUGAAGGAACUCGACAUUGAGUGCAUUAAGAGCAAUGGAGGUUUCUACUGCUGGGCUGAUAUGAGCAAGUUAAUCUGCUGCUAUUCUAACGAAAAAGGGGAACUUGAGCUCUGGGAUAAGUUGUUGGAUAUAGGUAAAAUUAAUGCUACCCCUGGCUCUUGCUGUAAUUGUAUCGAACGGGGAUGGUUUGGAUUCUGUUUCACAACUUUGAUUGAUAAAGAAAUACCUAUUGUUAUGGACCGAAUUCGGAGAAUUUCCGAAGUGUGUAAAUCUUGUAGCUGAAAUGAAAUUCUUAUUCUGUGGAUA